AUGGUUCUCAACUUUGGCAUCAUCGGCACAAACUGGAUCACCGAGUCCUUCAUCAAGUGCGCCGAAGCUACCAAACAAUGGAAGCUGGCAGCCGUCUACUCUCGCAGUGAGGAAACUGCUCGCACCUUUGCCGACAAGUUCUCCGUCAAGACCGUCUACACAUCCAUCGACUCCCUCGUCCAAGACUCGAAUCUCGAUGCCGUCUACGUCGCCUCGCCCAACUCGCUGCACUAUUCACAAGCAAAGACCAUUCUCCAAGCAAAGAAGCAUGUCAUUCUCGAAAAGCCCGCCACCUCAACCCUCGCCGAAUUGCAAGACCUCUUCAAGAUCGCAAAGGAAAACAACGUCUUCUUGAUUGAAGCCUAUCGUCACAUUCAAGAAGUCAACUACAAACUCCUCCGCCGCGUUCUGUUUGAAGAGAAGAAGCUGGGCACAAUCUUUGGCGCCAGUCUUAACUUUUCCAUGUACAGUUCUCGCUACAACAAUGUUCUUGAUGGCGAGACUCCCAACAUUUUCAGCCUUGAGAUGUCAGGCGGCUCCCUAGUCGACAUGGGCGUUUACCCCGUCACUUUCGCCCUCGCUCUGUUCGGCAAGCCAAAGUCGCAGACCUACGCUCCCUUCAUCUGCCACACCGGCGCUGACGCUGGCGGCUUUAUUGUCCUGCAGUACGAGAAGUUCGGUGUCCAGAUCCAGCAAAGCAAGUGCUUCACUUCCUUCGCUCCCACCGAGGUCUACGGCGAGAACGGCACCAUCAGCCUUAACUCCGUCACCGAUAUUGCAAGUGUAAAGUUUUGGGACCGCAAGACUAAGCAGACCGAGGAGUUGGCAGAGAAGAAGGUGGAUCUGAACUUGCAAGAGGAGGCUGAGGAGUUUGCUCGUAUCAUCAACAACAAGGAUGUUGAUGCUGCUGCUAAGCUCGAGCAAUUGAGUUAUGAUAUUGUUUCCGUCACUUCUGACUUGAGAAGACAGAAUGGAAUCCUUUAUCCUGCCGACAAGGCAUAG